UUUCCGCUAGGAUCAAUGUCGGGAAAUGACGUUUUUUAUCCGCGACUAUAUGGUUGUUUACAAGUAUUCAACAUGGGCUAUGUUUUGUUUAGGUGUUGAUGGAUUAAAAUGCGUGUGCUUUAAACUGCAGUCUUACCCGGUUAAAUUUGACAUCACAUUGUUUCGUUUUUUAAAAGUGUUAUUUAAUUGCUGCAUAACUAGUAAGAAUACAGUUCUGGUUGCUUGGUAGCUAGCUAGGUAGCGCUCAAGAUGGAGGCAUAGGGUAAGGUUUUUGGUUUCCAAUUGGAUCCUAUUCGGUUAAUUGUUCCGUUUCGUGCUAGCGACGGAACCAGAGAACUAUACAAUUUAACUGGUUUUAACAUUAAAUAAUAUUGGUGAAAACCAGAAAAGAAAAACUCAGCCAAAACUCCCUGACAUAUUUCGUUAAGUUAGCUAACGUGGGGUAAAUAGUUUACUUUAGUUGAUAUGACGACCGACAUAGAGGCCAGUCUGUCUGUCUCUUUUGAUCUUUCUUCUGUCAUUGAAGAUGCUGUGAGGUCUGCAGUGUGCUCCGUGCUUGACCAGAUUCAAAGACUUAUCGGCAGGGAUGUGGCAGAGCUCCGAGCGGCUGUGGCUAAAAAGGAAUGUGAAAACGAGAAGCUUAGGGCACAACUCGAAUUGGCAAGACUGGAGCUGAGAGAACGGUUCGGUUGUAAGAAAAGGUCAGAUUUAAAUAGCGACGUGUCACAUUGUAAUGAAGACGAGACUGGGGAUAGAAGUUCUCAUCAUGACGUGCACAGUAACGCUGAUGAAGACCCAAAUAGUUUGGCUUUGGAACACAGCUCGUCACUUUGGGCUCAGCCCUGGGACAGUGACACCGGUGGCGAUAUGCAGCAUAACUUCAUAGACCCACUAGGGAGCGUAGAAUCAAAGCAUGACUUUUCAUCAGAUGUUGACUACAGGAUCGAAGCUGAAGAAUCAGACACAGAGCCAAGCCCAACUGCAGAACCGCUGGACAUGAUCCCUGAACAUGAGGGACUGAAAACAGACCCCUGUCCGUCUUACGAAGAAAGUAAGGCAAGCAGCCUGGAUGAUGCCCACACAACAAGGGAGCUGAGGGUCAUCCAGGUUAAAGAGGAACUUCCUGCCGCUCUGUCGUCUUCUACUGGACCUGAACUUUCUCAUCCCACCAAACCAAAGCCUUACAUCUGUGGUGAGUGUGGCAAGAGCUACCUCUGGCUGAAAAGCCUGAAAAAGCACCAGAAGAUCCACUCUGGUGAGGCCCCAUUCAGCUGCAGCAUCUGCUGCAAGCACUUCUCGUCUCAGCAGCUGUUCGAGGAGCACCAGCGCGUGCACACCAGCCUGCGGCCGCACCGCUGCGCCAGCUGCCCCAAGACCUUCAGCCACCUCUCCAACCUGAAGAAGCACCAGCUCAUCCACACGGGGGAGAAGCCGCACCACUGCGGCCUCUGCGGGAAGCGCUUCCGACAGAUCCAGCAUCUGAAGGAGCACCACAAGACCCACGAGGACAGCAAGCCCUUCCGCUGCGGGGAGUGCGGCUGGGGCUUCAAUCAUGGGUCCAACUUCAAGCGCCACCUGCUUGUGCACACGCGCCAGAAAAUGCGCCACGGGCUCGGCUCUUGACCGCGACUCUCGCAAGCUUCCAAGAAAAAUCCUUGGUUCCUACCGCAUUUGGAGUGAUUACAAAUUUUCCUUAAUAGUUGUAACCCAGCCCUUAAGAAUAUAGGGUUAAAGGUGAACAUUGUAGGUCUCAGAAUGAUCAGAUUUUUGUCAUGUUUUCAGUAAAUUGACACAACUUUUAGUGUGUGAAACUACAGGUUUGUUGACUUAACACAAAAAAGGUGCAUGAAUUAAUUGCAGCUACUAUCUAGUUACUAGCUACUAUGGAAAGCUGUCAAAUGAUGAAAAUGCAGAUUUUCAGUUUUUUCUUUGUGAACCAAAAGAAGAAAAUGUUAAAUGUUGUUAAAUGGAGUAGCUGUAUUUAAUAAUUAUUUUUUAAAUUAGCACUACCCAAACAUUCAAACAUUGUCUAUGUAACAGUAACUGAUGUUCAGAUGGUCAGAUUUGAUCAGAGCAGGCCAAAAACCUACACAUGUGCAAUGCCUAUGUUACAGUGCAUAAUGUUACAGUACAGGCCAGUAGUUCUCAAACUCGGUCCUGGGGGACCCCUGUGUAUGUUGGUUUUCAUUCCAAUCUCAAC